CGAUACAUUUGAUGACUCGCGGUAAAAGUUAUCCGUGUAGAUCCUGCUCUUCCAUUUCACCCAUUCCAUCCCACCCCGAUUACCACCGACAACACUAGUCUACUCAAUCACAGAUUCCAUUCCUUCAUUGAAUCAUUAAAAAAAAGGUUAUUAUUAGAUCAAUCUAGAAAAAAACCCCAACCUCGGCAAUGCCGCUGCCUCCAUCGAGAAGAAGCAGCAGGCUGACAUCAUUGUUCGGCAUCGGUGGGGGGAAACAAGAAGAAGUUAAAUAUGAAAUAGUAGUGCCGGUGGAACCGAUUCCUCCAUCAUUGAAAUUAGACAGUGAUAAGAAAGUUUACAGACCCGGUGAUCCGGUUACCAUUACCAUCCAGAUCCGAAACCCACCCGGCGAAUCUACUUCUUUUUUACUUGAUAAAUUAACCUUUGAAGCUAAAGGCAUUGAGAAAUUGGAUACUCAGUGGUUCACCACUACUGCUACUCACAAAUCAACAUCAAAAAAAGGGGAAUAUGUUUUCAUGGAGUGUACGGUACCAUCAGUGGUAUCUAAUCAGAUUCUGUCAUCUGGCACCACAAGAACAUAUAUAUUGAGGAUGAAUUUGCCUACAGUCAUACCUCCAUCAUACAGGGGUUCUACUGUUCGCUAUCUAUAUCAUGUAAAAAGUGAAAUGUCUGGAAAGUAUCUAAAUAUGGAUGAUGGACACCCACAUGGAGGAUCAGCCCAGAAACUCUCUGACAUAGAAGCUCGCUUAUCUCUGCAAAUAUGGGUCACUGAAAAAACAAAUGGCCUGUUAAGCGAAGAAACUGGAAUAAGUGGGAUUGUACCUUCCACGCCUAUUCUUUUGGAUGUUUAUUGGAAAGACAUGGACGCUGAAUCUGAAUGGGCUAGAGCUAAUGAAACUUUUGAUGGAGUAGAGGAAGAUAAUGAAAGUUUAAGAGAUGAUGUGUCUUCUGUCUCUUCCUACAAUCCAGCAAGGGGAAGUUUACAAAAAGCAUUUGGCAGUUCAUUGUCCUUGCAGUCAUCUGCAGCAAGAUCGAGUAAGGAUGUACUGUACCAUGACCAGAGGUCGACAAUGUCAUCAUAUAUGGCACUUCCUCGGCUGUCUGCGACUGAGGUGCUAUAUGGUGCUAGUGAGGAUAAUUUGUCACCUAGAAGGUCGUCAGCUAUUGUCUCUCCAAAUCAGCAGCCAAGAAGUCCAAAAUCUCUCUCAAUGGAUGAUGAGUUGAGAGCCUCGGAUGUAUUAAGAACCAUCGAACCUGUUGCAUCAGAAGGGUUCAUUCGAGGAAGAUCGUACAACAUUAGGCUAGAUGACCAAGUUCUUCUAAGAUUUUCACCCACGAAACCUGAAUCAACUUAUUACUUUGGUGAUGUGAUAGGUGGAACUCUUACCUUUUUCCAUGAAGAAGGUACCAGGAGAUGCCUUGAGCUUUCGGUAACCUUGGAAUUAUCAGAGACUAUAAGUCGUCGCGCUGCGCAUCCAUCACGAAGACAUUCUCCAACAAUCACUAAGAUCCAGAGUGAUCACCAUGAGGUUGUUGCAGAUUUGGUACAGACCAGUGUUCUAUUUUCAAUUCCCAUGGAUGGGCCAAUGUCUUUUUCUACUAGACAUGUUUCUGUGCAAUGGGUGCUUCGGUUUGAAUUUUUCACCACUCCAAAGAACGUAGACUGGACCAGAUUUGAGCAUCCACUUCUAAUAGAGGGAAGAGACAAAUGUGAAUGGGUACUUCCGAUAACAGUGCAUGCACCUCCAUUUACGACAACGGUGUCUCAUGGUAGAAGUCAAAAGCCAUCUUCGGUAGAACCAUUGUGGGACCGUUCUUGACGUUGCAUAAUUGAGUAAGUAAGAUCGCAUGUCAGGAUGAAGAAAUGUGGCUACACUUUGCUUGGAAAAUACUGCAAGACUCGGUUAUGGAUUCAUUGUAAAUUACUAUUGGCGGGUUUUCUUGGAGUCGUCGACCAAAGCACCAUUGAUGUAUUGCCAUAAUGAUUUUUUUUUUCAUCCCUAUGUUCACAUGCAUUCCACUUAUUUCAGCUGUAAACAUUUUGCUGGGGUGGUUUUCCUGCAUGCCCAUAUAUUUGUAUUUUCCAUUUAGACAUUUUUGGCCUAGUUUUGUAACAUAUCUUUAGGAUUAUUCUUAUUCUUAUGUUAUUACAAGUCUUUUACUUUA